UGUAAGCAGUAUAAAUAUUUGGGCAGUAAUGGACAAAUGGGGUGGAAGCGAAGCUCACCAACUCCCACUUGCUACACAACAAUUGAUCCGAACCUUAUUUAUUUUCUCUCACUAAAAUCUUUUUUUUUUCUUUUCUUUUUUAAUUCAUUUUUCUUGACCGGAGUUUGUUUUACUCCGGCGGCCGCCAUUUUCUCCUGCUCCGGCGCCACCUUUUGAUAGGGCAUCUUACUUUACUUCCAUAAAAAAGAGAAAAGGGGCUUAGAAAAAUCUCCAUUUACUGCUUUUACUUCUUUUAACACCAGAAAAAUCCCACAUUGCAUAAAAGUUAGCCAUAGUUGACAGAUUGAAGGUGGGUGUGAGGAUAUGGGAGCUUUUCUUUAAGAACUUAAAAGUCAAAAAGGAAAGACUUUUUCUUAUGCAAAUGACCAUUUGUUUGUGUUCAGACUUGUGACUCUGCAUUGAAAGUAUGCUACAAGACAAUUGGGGGUUUUGACUCCGGGUUCUUGCAUUUUUUAUAUUGUAAAAAUUCCAUCUUUGACACUUUUUGUGUUUCUUCAAGACAAAGAACUUAGAUGGGUUUUCAAGGGUUUAGUAGUGGGCACAACCGUUCCAAGAGCUUACCGGAAGAUAACAGAGAACCCGAUGAAAAUAACUCGGCCCAAUCGACCGAAGCAGCUGAAUCUAAUCCACAUAAGCUGGAAAUACGUACCAACAGCAAGAAGAAGCAGCACUCGUCCAAUGCUGAUGUCGAACACUCUUUGAGGCAAGAGAUAUUGAUGCUUGAAAAGAGAUUACACGAUCAAGUUUCCGUUCGCUGUGCUCUAGAAAAGGCGCUCGGUUAUAGGGCUUCCUCCCAUCAUAUUAUAACCGAUGAAGCCACGAUUCCUAAGCCAGCAACAGAACUCAUAAAAGAAAUCGCGGUAUUGGAGGUAGAAGUCGGCCAUUUGGAACAGUAUCUUCUCUCGCUCUACCGAAAAGCAUUCGAUCAACAAAAAGCCUCUACUUUAUCUCCUUCGAAGAAAGACGAAUCUACAAAAGCCUCUUUAGCAACGCCAAGAAGGAGGCGCCUUGAUUUUUCAAGAUCCGAUGUUUCCUCAUCAGCAACGAAACUCCCGCCUAAACCCGACGAGAAUAUUCCUUUUCAAGAUUCCGUCACUAAACGCUCGCAUUCGUCGCUAUCCCAACGUACUUCGGUCCUCCCAAACAGAACCGAACCUCAAACAGAGCCCUUCGGAAAAACCCUCCGAGCGUGUCAUUCUCAACCAUUAUCCAUGAUCGAGUACGCGCAGAACUCUUCUUCAAAUGUAAUAAGUUUGGCAGAGCAUCUCGGGACCCGCAUUUCGGACCACGUUCCGGAAACACCUAACAAGAUUUCGGAAGACAUGGUUAAAUGCAUGUGCAAUAUCUACUGCAAACUUGCCGACCCCCCAUUGGUGAAUAACGGCCUCUCGUCACCAACUUCAUCUCUAUCUUCUAUGAGUGCUUUUUCUCCGAAAGAUCAAUGCGACUUGUGGAGCCCUGGUUUCAGAAACGAUUCCUCAUUCGACGUUCGAUUGGACAACCCUUUUCACGUAGAAGGGCUGAAAGAUUUUAGUGGGCCCUACAGCUCGAUGAUUGAGGUGCAUUGUAUUUAUAGAGAUAGUCAGAAGCUGGGCGAUAUCGAACAUUUGUACAAAAUUUUAGGUGAGUUUUAUCGCAUCUCCCUUAAAGAGGGCUGCGCGUUUUUAGCAUACGGUAUCCCACAGAACAAUAUGAAGCGAAUGUUUCUACUCUUGAAGGCUGCUUACAAUGUCGGAGGUCAAAUAGUGAGUGCUGAUGUCAUACAAAGUUCGAUUUUGGGUUGCAAAAUGUCUCGUCCUGGACAGUGGCUUAGGUUUCUACUUACAUCAAAAUCGAAAUUUAAAGCCAGUGAGGAACGGCAGUCAUAUGGGAUCGAACGAGCAGAGCCUCUUCUCUACUUUGCACUUUCAUCCGGAAGUCAUUCUGAUCCCGCGGUUCGGAUUUUCACACCAAAGAGGGUACUUCAAGAAUUAGAAGCAGCGAAAGAGGACUAUAUACGAGCAACUUUUGGUGUUCGAAAAGAUUAUAAGAUCCUUCUGCCGAAGAUUGUAGAAUCCUUUGCUAAAGAUUCGGGUUUAUGUAAUGCUGGUUUAUUCGAGAUGAUACAGAAAUCUCUACCCGAUUCGUUUAGGAAAAGCAUCAAGAAAUGCCAGCAGGCGAAGAACAAGAAAAACGUAGAGUGGGUCCCGCAUAAUUUUACCUUCAGGUAUCUUAUACUGAAGGAGCUGAAGUAAAUAUCACCACCUCUGCAAGCUUAGUAAAGCUCAUUGUGCUUUUGUUUUUUGCCUUUUUUUUGAAAUUUUUCUUUAGAUUAUUACAUUCUAAUUUUCUUUUUUGUGUAAAUUAAGACAAAUGAGUUUGCAUUUCAGGCUUUGUUGUAUAUAAUCAAAUUAAUCGA